AUGUCGUGGCCGCGCCCUGCAAGACCUGGUAGUCCUUCGGGAUCUUUAUUGCCCAUGGUCAACCUUCCAUCGGCGAAUGGUAGAGAGCCAAUUUCAGAGCCAUCUUCGAGACCAAGGUCAAGGGAUAGGGCCAAUUCAAAGAGCAGACACACUCGAUCGUCCUCAGCGAUGGCCAAAUCAAUAGCAGAUGAAUUUUCCGGUCUUACACCCGCAGAAACCGCAGAACGAUUGCAGACCUCACUCACGUCAGGUUUGACACCCGCAGAAGCUCUUGCUAGAUUACACGAUCAAGGACCGAAUGAACUUCCCCACGAACCUCCCGAACCAUUAUGGCUUCGAUUUGUGAAGCAAUUCAAGGAAACUUUGAUUCUGUUGUUAUUGGGUUCAGCUGUUAUGUCAGUAAUAGCUGGAAAUAAAGAUGAUGCGAUCAGUAUUGCCGUUGCAGUUACGAUUGUGGUCACAGUAGGAUUCGUACAAGAGUAUCGUUCUGAAAAAUCGAUUGAGGCAUUAAACCACCUGGUCCCCAAUCAUGCGCACAUUAUACGAGGAGAAAUGAGAACUACAACCCCUAGAACACCUGCAUGGCCCCCUAGCGCCCGAGAUGUCCCAGAGACGGAAGUGUUGAUGGCAGAGUCUGGAUCUGACGCGGAUUCUAGUAUGGCAGAAUCCGUAUCACAAAAAAUGAUGGCAUCGAAAUUGGUUCCUGGAGAUCUCGUUUUAUUUACUACUGGAGAUCGUAUACCUGCCGAUAUUCGUGUCACAAAAGCUUCGGAUUUGACAAUCGAUGAAUCCAAUUUAACUGGAGAAAAUGAGCCUGUCCGAAUCACUGCGGAAGCUAGACAUAUCGAUUCUAGACCUGGAUCUAGCUCACUAGAACCACCUACAUCCUCCGAUUAUGCCUCUCCCGCUAGUGGAGCUGUAGGUGCAGAUAUCAGAUUAAACAGCACGACUAAUAUUGCUUUCAUGGGAACACUUGUAAGAUCUGGGCAUGGUCAAGGAAUUGUCUAUGCAACAGGUGGAAAUACUCAUUUUGGAACAAUUGCUGCAAGUGUUUCGGAAACAGAGAGUCCUAGAACUCCGCUACAGCUUUCAAUGGACGAUUUAGGGAACCACUUAAGUCAAGCUUCUUUCGUCAUUAUUGCGGUAAUCUCUUUAGUUGGAUGGUUACAAGGAAAAGCAUGGUUGGAUAUAUUCACAAUUUCGAUAUCCUUAGCGGUUGCAGCUAUCCCUGAAGGUUUACCAAUUAUUGUUACAGUCACCUUGGCUCUUGGCGUACAUCGAAUGGCACGACACAAUGCUAUAGUACGAAAAAUGCCGAGUGUAGAAACUCUAGGAUCGGUCAAUGUUGUUUGUAGCGAUAAAACAGGUACCCUUACCAUGAAUCAUAUGACUACUGUUAAAAUGUGGUAUUCUGAUGCCGAUGCUCCAUUGGAUGUUGAUUCAGAUGAUGAGACGGUAGAAUCUAAAGCUGAUACUGUGGCUCUUCGUAUUCUUCGCAUCGGAAAUAUAGCUAAUAACGCACGUCUUACUCAUCUUCAUGCUCCAUCAGCAUCGUCAGUCGCUAUUUUAUCCUCUACUCAGGGUCGUGCUUCAGGUCAAGUCUUAAAAAGCAGGUGGGUCGGUCAACCGACUGAUGUUGCGAUGCUUGACAUGCUCGAUCGAUUCAGAGAGCACGAUGUCCGUGAAGGCUUGGGUCAUCGUAUUGGGGAAACCCCAUUCAGUUCUGAAAGAAAAUGGAUGGGUGUUACCAUCGGAGAUCGGGGCCCGGAAGGUACAUCGAGUCCAAAAGAACAUGCUUAUAUUAAAGGAGCUAUCGAGCGAGUUUUGGAAAGGUGUGAUACAUAUCUUACAAAAGACGGUCGUGAAGUUCAGUUGGAUGCCGCAAAGAGACAACAAGCCUUACAAGCUGCCGAAAAGCUUGCCUCUGAAGGACUUAGAGUUCUUGGUUUUGCUAGUGGCCCAGUUGCCAGGCACGCCAAGUCGUUGGCUCCAACAAGCCGAAGCGCAACACCAGUCUCGAAAUUGGACCACCACGUGUCUCACAGCGAAGAUGUCUACAACGGUCUCACAUUUGCUGGAUUGGUUGGUAUGAGUGAUCCUCCACGAACAGGUGUUUCGAAAUCGAUUCGACGACUCAUGCGGGGCGGUGUUAAAGUGAUUAUGAUUACUGGAGAUGCUGAAACAACUGCCCUCGCUAUUGCAAAGAAGCUCGGCAUGCCUAUUGCAGCACCACGUGCUCAUUCAGUAAACUCUGUAGAAGUUAGACCAGUCUUACGAGGUGAUGAAAUAGAUGAGAUGACCGACGAAGAGUUACAAGCCGCCAUAGCCAAUACUUCCGUAUUCGCCAGAACCAGUCCGGAUCAUAAGAUGAAAAUUAUCAGAGCACUACAAGCUCGUGGUGAUAUUGUCGCAAUGACAGGUGAUGGUGUCAAUGAUGCACCUGCCCUCAAGAAAGCUGACAUUGGUAUAUCUAUGGGUUUACAAGGAACAGAUGUUGCCAAAGAAGCCGCAGAUAUGAUCUUGACUGAUGACGAUUUUUCGACUAUUCUCAAAGCAAUCGAAGAGGGCAAAGGGAUUUUCAGUAACAUCCAAAAUUUCCUUACAUUUCAACUUAGCACAAGUGCUGCGGCACUCAGCUUGGUUUUAGUCUGCACGUGUUUGGGAUUCAAGAAUCCCUUAAAUGCGAUGCAGAUCCUUUGGAUUAAUAUUAUCAUGGAUGGACCCCCAGCUCAAUCAUUAGGCGUGGAGCCAGUGGAUCCAGAUGUCAUGAACCGACCACCCCGAAAGAGAAAUGCUCCUGUACUUACAAGAGCAUUGAUCACUCGAGUCCUCACGUCCGCUACCAUUAUCAUGUUAGGCACCAUGGCCGUCUAUACUCAUGAAAUGCUUUCAGAUGGCAAAGUCAGUAAGAGAGAUACAACCAUGACCUUUACCUGCUUCGUUCUCUUCGAUAUGUUUAAUGCGUUGAACUGUCGUUCAGAGUCAAAGUCUGUCCUCAGAGGUGAGGUCGGGCUGUUUUCAAACAAGCUAUUCAAUUGGGCAGUAUCGUUGAGUCUUGGUGGGCAAAUACUAGUUAUAUACUUCCCCUGGCUUCAGGAAGUAUUUCAAACAGAAGCUCUGGCACUUACAGAUUUGGUUGGCUUGGUUAUUUUAACAAGUUCUGUAUUCUGGGCGGAUGAAGCAAGAAAAUGGUGGAAAUCAAGGGGUAGGAGAAGGCUUGGUAGUGGGUAUAGUCAAGUCGUAUAA